AUGUUGGAGAACAACAAACGGCUUAGAAAACGUACAAUUAACCAAGGCUUUGAAGCUACUGUCAAUCUUUCUUUCUCUCAUAUAAACGGUUAUAUGAUUUAUCGUAAGCAGAAACUAGAAGAAAUUACCACCUUUGUUCCAGGCGUCUGCCAAACAGAUGUGUCAGUCAUUACUGCUAAAUGGUGGAAGGAGCUAACUGAGCAACAAAAAAAACUUUACAAUGAUGAGGCUGCAGAUUUACGGCGGUGGAACCUCAUUCCCACUGAAUGGAAUCGCAUCAAUAAACAAAGACAACGGUACUACACAGCUGAACAGUUUCGAACCUCUGAUGGCGCCAAGAAAAAGCUAUUGUUAGCAUUAUAUCAAAACGGACCAAGUAAAGCAGGGAAGCACAGAUCAAUGAUUACGAUACGUGAAGCAGCAAGUGAAACGAAGGAUAAUCCGAUGUUCAUCAACAAUUCAAAAAGUUACUUUUCAGAAAACGACGUUAAUGCGUCUAUAUCUACUGCUCUUGCUCCUAUUUUCAAUUGUAUGGCUCCUCAACUUCGCCAUCUUCCGUUUCCAAAGUUCGGCAGUAAAACCAGUACUGACAAUGAUAAUUUUUCUACUCAUGGCUGCUCUAUUUCUGAUAAUAUUAGGUUACAACCUCUCAUUAUUACAACGAAGAGCCCUAUUUACUAUCAUUAUACAAACGGUGCUAUUUCUUAUUCGAUACCCUUGGAACUUCCUCCUACAGGAAGAUAUUACCCAUCAAUUUAG